GGUAGGCUACAUAUAAUUGUCCUCACAUUGAUGACCAUUAUUCACCUUCAUGUUUGCUUGUGCUAUUACUCUUCGUCUGCAUUGAAUCAGAGUAUCAGUUUGUCGUCAGUAGUGAAUCACCAUGUACAGGCCCAUUGCAACCCAUCCCUUCAAGCUGCUCCAAGUUCACCAGCGGCACUUCCCACAGUCAGACUGAGUCACAUUAAGCGUUUGUCGAUAACCAUCUGUAAUGGCAGUUCAGACUUGUUAGUCCAUGGUGCAACUAAGGGAGAAACAGGAAUUACAUCACUUUCACAAUUACUGUAAACUCAUUUUUUUCCCUCCUGAAACGUUCCCAGCGCCGACGUGAAGCGCACAGGCAACGUAUGGUGAUUGAAACCAGAUUGAAAAGGCAUGCCGUUAAGAAAGUUUUUCCCUGGCACCCUGGAAAGUCUCAGAUUCUUCUGCUAGCUUGCUAACUCGUUUUUCCCUCCGGAGUAGAACAACAGACUCGGCUUUUUGUCGGUUUGGCUUGCGGCGUCUUUGCUGUGGAUUUUAUGUUUGAAGUCAAACAGAACGGUUCUCACGUGUUUGCGCGGCAGUAGAUAGCGGUCGUAUUGAUUCUGCUGCAGUGAGUGAGCUAGUCGUUGGGGUCGAUAAAGAGGAGGGGGUUUACUUCCACCGCCCCUAUUCUCUCAGCCCGUCCCCCACACCCUUCUACUUUUUGUGAAGUUGGCGCGUCCCCCAGCCUCCGACCACCCAACCGAUACAGUUCCACUCCAGUGAGGAGAGCCUGGAGUUUGGGGAACAGGGGGAGGAGUACCCGUCUGGAAUCAGGGAGAGAAGCGUCGGUCACCGCGUCUGGUCUGGACGGUCCCCUUUGUCAUGCAAAAAUUCAUUUGAGUCAAGGAGCGACUGUCCAUCAUCUGACUGUGAUCUGAAUGGGACAGCAAACAAAGGGCACACACUGUGUUUGGGUAAAUCGAAUUUCUUCCGCUUCAACCACCCGGAGGAGGCCAGCCUGAUGAAGAGCAUGCUGCCCCAGAAGACUGCAGCGCCGCUGGGCUACAGCUCAGACGGCAGUGUGAAGAUGGAGCACUCCAACGGCGGCGGCGCGUCCGUCGUGGGCCCCGCCAGCGUGCGCGGCGCGCGCUCCAAAGCCGAGCUCCAGGAGCUGCUGGACAGCCUGCAGCGCCGCAAGUCCGCCCUGGAGGCCAGCCUGCGCGCCAGCCUAUCCCCUCCCCCCAGCCCCCUCUCCUCCAAUCACAGCUCCCUGCUGCUGCAGGAGCGUCCGCCCCUCUCCAUCCGCGUGCCCUCCUACAAUACGGGGGGCGGCGCCACCAGCAGCCUCAGCAUGCCGCCGUCCCCUCUCGGCCACACCCACCACGCGCGCAUGCGCCACCAAUCGCAAGACAGCUUGCUGAUGUGUAGCGGUGGCGGUGGUGGCGGCGAGGGGCGGCGCCCUCAGACGGCGGGCUCCCUGCUCUCCAUGUGGUCGCCCAGCGCCGGCUCCUCGGCGUACGGAGGCGGAGGAGGCGAGACGCUGGUGGUGCCGUCUCGCCGAGGAGGUCCCAGCGGGGCGUGCAGCAUGCCGUCGUCCCCGCGCCUCGGACGCCGCCUCUUCGGCUCCUCCCCUCACGGCGGCGCCGACCCCUCCUCCUACAUCGCCGACGCCUCGCCGCGCCAGAGGAAGUACUCCACCGGCUCCCUGAACGGCCUGGGUGGCCCGCACAGCCGCUCCCUGCCCCGCCUCUACCGGCUGGACGGCUCGGGGCCUCAGCCGCAGCCCCCGGCGCUCUCCCUGCCCCCGCCCCGCCGCCCCUCGUCGGCCCGGCCGCGCCGCAGCCUGCCCUCCCUGGAGCGCCCGCCCGACGUGACGGUGACGGCCAGCGUGCCCAGCAGCCCGGCGCGGCGCUCCAGCCUGUCCUCGGUGGGCUCGGCGCCCUGCCUGGACCUGGGCAUGGGGGAGCGGAGGGCCUCGUUCGGGAAGGGGGGCGUGGGGGUCGGCGGCCAGGGCCAGGGGGGAGGCAUGGGGCCCAGGAGGGGCUCGAUCAGCUCGCUGAGUGGCAAAGAGGAGCUGAGGGACUACCACCAGAGGCAGAGGGACGAGAGGCUCCGGGAGCAGGAGGUGGAGAGACUGGAGCGUCAGCGUCUGGAGACCAUCCUGAACCUGUGCUCUGAGCUGGGUAACAGUAGCGUGGCGGAGCAGGAGCCUGCUAACGUGUCCGUGGUGACGGACCUGGAGAAGAUCAAUCGGGAGCUGGAGAAGCUUCAGGUGUCCGACGACGAGUCCGUCUUCUCCGACACGCCAGCCGGUUCCGUGUCGGGAGCGGGUUCCGUAUCGGGGGCCGUGUCGGAGAACGGCUACAGGAGCAAGAGUGCGUGUGACGGACAAAUCACGCAGGUGCGACUGCGCAGACACAGCGGCAGUCACAUGCACGCCCGAGACUCACGGACGCAACAGUCUGCUCUCAGUCUUCACACCAAGGCAUCGGAGAACAUCCAGCUGAAGCAGGAAGUGACGCGUAUCGAGGAGGAGCGCAUCCAGGUGCUGAACAACAUCGAGGAGCUGGAGCAGAAGGUCAAGGACCUGGACAACCAGAUGGAGGAGUCCAUCAGAGAGAUGGAGGUGGAGAAGGCUCUCCUGGAGGGUGAGCAGGACUCUGAGAUGACGCAGCUCCAGCGGGAACGGGAGCUCCUGGAGAAGCUCAACGAGAAGAUGGCCGCCAUGGAGAAGAGCAACGUGGACAACAAGAAGCAGGGCAGAGAGCUGCUGGAGAGUGAGAGGGGGAGAGUGGCGCGCCUGGCUGAGCAGCUCUCUGAGCAGCGUAGUCAGCUGCACUCCUGUCCCGAGGCCCUCAGGGAGACGCUGCAGCAACAGCUCUCCAGGGAUGCGGAGGCCCUGGAUGCGGAGACCAAGCAGUUUGAGGAGCUGGAGUUCCAGCAGCUGGAGAAGGAGGCCAGGCAGGAGGAGGAGGAGAAGGAGGCGCAGGACACGCAGACACAGCCCCUCCUCAGGGAGAUCGCAGAGUACCAGCGCAGCACCGUCACACGCAAGGAGAGACUGUUGACCCUGAAGAAGCAGUGGUCUCAGAUCAACCAGCAGGCCCAGAAGGAGAAGGACACCUUCAUGAAGGAGAAGAACAACCUGCUACUCAUGCUACAGAGGGAGCGUGACAAUCUCGCAGCUCUGGAGAGGAAGUACUCCGAGCUGACUGGUGGGCGGACCUUCCCACUUAACCCCGUUUGCAUAAAGGAGCAUUUCCGCUCCAUGGAGGAGAGGAGGCGGAGUGGUAAGGAGGGCGGUUCCCUCCUGAGUGACACACCCCCUCGUAAGAGAGGCCACACCCCUUACACUAGCUCAACUCUGGGACGCAGCCUCUCGCCAAAGCAGUCCCACACUCCUCUGUCUCAGAGCUCCAGUGUGGGCAGUGUUCUCCAGCGAGGCCUCUCCACUCGAGACCUGGAGACGCGGCGCCUGCUCAAAGGAGGUAACCCCCAAUGGCGUCCGAAAGGGAGCAGUGCAGCAGGACGGUACCACGCUCAGGGUACCUCAGUCAUGGAGGAGGAUGGGGGAGAGCACUGGUUAAUUACUCCCUCCACCAACCUGGCAGGUCACGGUCGGGAGUCGAACCGGCAACCUUUGGGCUACAAGUCUGACGCCCUAACCAUGACUGGCCUUGGUUACAACUACAACACGGGUCACGUGGGUCAGCUGUACAUCAACGAGGAGCGCCAGAGGCUGAGUGAGCUGUGCAGCCGCGCCGUGUCGGAGUCCAACGUCUACCUGGAGCCCUACGGUUACCUGGACAGCAGCAACGGGGGCGGGGCCUACGACAGCCUCAGCCUGGGCAGCUCAGACAGCCUGGACACUAGCAUCUCCGCAUGCUCACCGGACAACAUAUCCAGUGCCAGCACCUCAAACAUGGCGAAGAUGGAGGAGAUGGAGCGUCUGCUGAGAGAGGCCCAGGCGGAGAAAAACAGACUCCUCGAGCACAGGGAGCGAGAGAUUGAGAUGCGGAAGCAGGCCCUGGAAGAGGAGAGGAGGAGGAGAGAAGAGCUGGAGAAACGCCUGCAGGAGGAGACACACAGACGACAGAAACUCAUCGAGAGAGAGGUGAAGCUGCGAGAGAAACAAAGAUCCCAGGCUCGGCCCCUGACGCGCUACCUGCCCCAGCGUAAGGACGACUUUGACCUGCGGGGUCACAUCGAGGCGGCAGGACAUCACCCUGACACCUGCUACCACUUGUCCAUCACUGACAAGACCUGCCGCGGCUUCCUGGUCAAGAUGGGCGGCAAGAUCAAGACCUGGAAGAAGCGCUGGUUCGUCUUCGACCGCAACCGACGCACCCUGGCCUACUUUGCAGAUAAACACGAGACCAAGAUGAAGGGUGUCAUCUACUUCCAGGCCAUUGAGGAGGUCUACUACGAUCACCUGAAGAACGCACACAAGAGUCCCAACCCGUCCCUGACGUUCAGCGUGAAGACGCAGGACCGCGUGUACUACAUGGUGGCCCCCUCAGCCGAGGCCAUGCGCAUCUGGAUGGACGUCAUCGUCACCGGGGCGGAGGGAUACACUCACUUCCUGGUGUGACACGCACACACACCAACACCAACCCCCUCAUCAAGCACUACGAAUGAAGAGAUCAUCUAAACUAAGAAGUGUGACCAAAAGACUGAUUGUGUGUGUGUGUAGGUGUAGGUGUAGGUGUGUUGGUUUACAUCAUCACGUCCUAUGUCUGUGAAGAUUCUCAUUCAUCCAUACAGAUCAUGCUGUCCAAAGAGUUAAGCCAGGAAUAUGCUUGCUGCGUAGAAAGUCAAAGAAUGCACGCACAUCAGUGGCACAGGUGCUGGACCAAACGUAAGAUAACUGAAAAGAAAAUAAAGGUCCGCAACACUGUUAAAUGCUCCCAAAGAUUUAAUGGCACUAAAUCUUUGGGGGCAUUUAACAGUGUUCCGGACCUUUAUUUUCUUUUCAGAUAUGCUUGCUGUGUGCCUUAAAUUACACAUGCAACCGUGUGCGACCGGGCGCAUAUACUUGCUUCAGGACGACCAGAGCACUUUGGCACGAUACUGGAGGUAUCAUCUAGUGCAGAGGUUCCCAAACUUUUUUCUCUGCGCAACCCCCUUGUACAUUUCAAUGUGGUUCGCGCACCCCCUGAGUGAAUAUUUUGGUGUGCUGAUGGCCGCGCAAGUAUGGAUUCACUGCUCAUUCACUGCACAUUAUGCACAGUUGUUUUGGGGAAUCCUCUCUUCCAAUAGUCUUGGAACUAAACUACACUUCAGAUGGACCCUUCCAGCAUAUAAUGCACCAUACUAUUAAAAACUACUUAAUGUUCAUUAAUGCUAGAUAAAAAUUCACAUAUCCACCAUUGCUCUAUUCAGCUCGUGCACCCCCUUAUGGCAGGCCGCGCAUCCCCAGGGGUACACGCACCACAGUUUGGGAAACCCUGAUCUAGUGGGCAGAUAGCCAACGGGGCUCUCAUUAAUGUCUUCCACCAUUGUUUGAUGCUACUCAGCAAAGAAGCUCACAAGAUCGCCACUCACGGUUUUGUCACUAUUGUACUGUAUGUAUGAAUACAUCUGCGUACCUUGUGUCAGGUGUUCUUCCUCGCGCAAAAUUGGCAUAAAAUAUGCAUGGCAAUGCAAUGUGCCCGUGCACAUGUAUCCUGCAGCCAGCAUGUCCCAGGCCUUAGGUUAAAGCAAGUGGGCUUCUUCCUUCUUGGAGUUUGUUCCUCUGAAGAGAUUAUACCUCUCGAGAUCACUAAAUACUUUUCAGAACUCCAGGAAGAAAUCCUUUCGCUUACAUCCUAUAAAUUCUUUGGAUGUGUGGGUGAAUGAGGUUGACAAUGUGUGGCCAGCAUAUCUUAUGUAGCGAUGUAAACCGCAUAUCUAAUAAAUAUUUUCUGAGGUUCAAUAGAGCAAUAGCCAGCCAGCUCGCCAGAACACGACACAUUCCUUUACACCAUUUUUCACAUGCCGUGCACAUAUUACAGAAGAGUUAGAAACUCAGUACAUUUUACAGUGUUAAUUCAACAGCAUGACUGAGUAUUCACAAAGUGUGAAUUUGGCUCUUCAAGUGUUGAAUUAGCACUAAGAACUGCACUCUGUCAUGACAUGGCGUUUGGGUAACGUCUCUUCUCUUGUUAAGGGUACAACAAAAACACGGUGAAAAUAGUUGUAAUUAUUUUGACAACCUUCAGGGGGCAAAAUGUAAACAUAUGAGUUGGUGGGAACAUUGACUCACCACAAGAGCACAUAACACAUGGCCUCCAAUAUGUCCUCAGGUAUGUAUACUAAGUGUUUGCCUUUGUUAUUUGAACGUGGACGUGUGUCUGAAGCUUUGUUCGGACAGGGCCACAUUUUUGUAAAUAUUCAGAGUCUGUCUAAAAGUAAAGAAUGGACAGAAAAUACCCACGCAACACAAGCCAUCAAGGUAGUCCUCUGCAUAUUUGUGUGUGUGUGUGUGUGUGUGUGUGUGUGUCGUGGCGCGCAUGCGUGGGUGUUGUCCGUGAGAGUGUGCACGUCUGUGUGUGAGUGUCGAGUGUAUGUCUGUGUGUGAGUGUCGUGUGUAUGUCUGUGUGUGUAUGUGUGUGCUUUUCCAAGAUGCCUGUGUGCCACGUGCCUUAUCAGCGCUCAGGAUCCCAGUUAUUCAAGAUGGUGAUGUAGGUCAAGAUGUUGACCGCCCCAUCUGACUCAUGCCUUUCAACACUAGAAAACACGCUCUUUUGCCUUAACCGUUGUGCAGCUGUGACUGCGAAUGUAUAAAAAAAGAAACAUUUUCCAAAUGUUGUAUUCUCUCCAGGCUGUGUAAUUGACACAGUGUUUAUAUUUCCAAUGGGUCUCUGAGCAGCAGCUUAGAUGCAUCCCAGAUGUGUGACCUUAUUGUGUCAUUGUGACUGCUUGCUGGGCUCGAGCAGGCUGUGAUACUGAGAUCAUCCAGCAGGGGGGAGUAAUGGUACAGCAUGUCUGACUCUAAUUUGCACACACUAUUACUGAGUACUGUCUAGAGUAGACAGGCUCGGCGGUCUGGUUUAAAGGCAAAACACUAUUACCAGUAUGUCAUAUGUAUGAAUACAUUACACAACUUUGUAAUUAACACUAUACAAUGUGAUUGAACAAGCACUGUUCGUAGCAGAUAUUGUAUGCAUUUUUGCAAAAAAUUGCCAUGUCCUUGUCGUGGGUACACGUUUUGGUUAUCACGUGGUUCUAUAUUCAUUUAUAGUAUUUUGACAGAUAAACACACCGGCACACAUUAUCAAUUUUACUGGAUGAAAUAUGGCGCUCAUAUUAAAUGGCCAACGGCUUGACAAUUCCAGUCAGAUGGUGAAAACGUAACACACAGUAAGCAAGCACACGACCUGAAUUUCUUUUGCUGCUGUGAUGUCAUCCUAUUGUGAUGUCACUAGCCAGAUGUGACGUCAGGUGAGGCACUCAUGUGUGUAGAGAGAGAGGUACUGUAUUCAAAUGACCUCAGGCAUAACCUAUAUACUAGAAGUAUGUCAUAUGCACCAUCACCCUUAUUGUUUCAAGCAGAACACACCAAAUAAUAAGUCAUCUUCACGAUGGUCUUUUUGUUUUUCCUUGUUUUAUAUAAUAUAGUAAACCAUCCAAAAGCAUAUUGCACAGCAUAAUGUAUUAGUUGAUCUUAGAGUUGAUUUUUAUUUUAUUAUACCCUAACAUCGCGUAUUGAUGGGACGGUGUUCUGUGUGUACGGAAUAGUAUAUCAUUGCAAGGAAAGAUUCUGUGUGUCCAUGGUAAAUUUUGCAGUUUCAUUCAGGACCUGGAGAGAGACGAACCAAAUACACUCUAUCUACAGCUGGACUCUCAAAGUGUUGAAUACGUGUUAAAUUAACACUUAAUACAAGGUCAAAUGUCUUUGGUAUUCAGCCUCACUCUUCAAGUGUUGAAUGAACAUUGCAAGUGUUACUGUAUUGACAGGAUUGCGUGAGUGUGAAGGGCAGUGUGCUCCAGUCCAAGCCCACUGAAGUGUGACACGACUGCAGCAGUCUCGCUGGCUGGCUGGCUGGUUGGACACCUCACAUUCAGGUGCUCACUGCUCACUGCUCAGGGUGCCCCCCUCUCUCUCUCCCCUGAUCCAACGGGGCCCAGAGAGCAGACA